AUGGCGGCUCGACCGUUGGACCUUCGGGAGGGCAGUGAAGAAAAUUACACGGAAAAAUCGGCCGCCACAGAUGAAGUAGACGCCGCCAAGAGCCUAGAAGUCGUCAGGGAUUCGGAUAUUCCUUUGAAAUAUUUCAGAAACAAAGUUUUUUCCGGCGUACAGGAGCGGUUUGAGCGCGUAUCGGAGCGACCGCAGAAGUAUCGCUUGAUUCAGUCGACAUGGGGUCAGAAGUUGUCAGACUUGGUCGACACGUUUGGCCCUUUAGGCCUGAUCACUGUAGAGGAGAAGCUGGCAUCAGAACACAAAGCUCAGAAAGUCGCCCACGAUCUCCUAUCACACCUGGCUGACCAUAGGGUCAAACCCUUCAGAUGGUCAGGCCAGUACAUCCUGCUGUGGUUUGCUGACAAACAGGGAUACAGUGCUCUGGGAUCACGCUUCAUCAGCGGAGAACUCGACCGGUCAGGCCUCAAAGUCAUCAAAAUUGAGCCCGCUUUGCUCAGCAACCCAUCCAAGUGUUUCAUUGAGAUUGAAUCGGCUUCGUGUGAAAAACAUUACAACUGCCUGAUGCCACCACUCUUGCCCUUCACGGGAGCGUUCACAUUUGCUAGAUUAAGGGAGAACGAAAACGGGAAGUCGAAUGGCGACGCUCCUUCAGAACGUCCAAAGAAACAGGCUAAAAUGGAGCUGGAGACGCCAGCGUUGUGUUUGACGCUAAUGUUUGUAGGGCAUAACCAGUCACAGGCUGCACGUUCGCUCCAGUGUUUCUCUGGUCUGGGAUGGCAGCCGUUGGUCCUGCCGGGUCCAGUCGCCAAGGCGUUGGAAGAUGGCCUCCAUUAUUUUGUGCACGAAAGCCUGAAUUUGCCGCUGGUUGGCGUUCGGACUGGCUCCUCGCAGCCUGGCGUUCAGCUCACGCUCUUUGUGCAGAGCAGUCAAAAGUUCACUGAAAUGGAACGGUUUUAUAAGACCCUUCUGGACGUCGAGCCUUAUGAGCGGCAGAUUCCGGAAGGGAGCGUCAAGUACAGUGUGUUCCCGAUCUCGCGCCAGGCGGAAUUUGUGCUGGCAUAUUAUCCGGGACUGUCGGUGAGUUCACUGAAAAACGCCGUCAUCUAUAUACAAGUCAAAGACAUUGAGAACAUUCAAGGAAUAAUAAAAAUCUGUAGUAGUUACUGGCAUAUGAACGACCCCGAGGGAAACCGCGUGGUUCUGUACAAACCUUUGCGAUGAAUUCACUCAAGUGCUACUGAAAAUUAGAACCCAGCUCUGCUGUAGGAGUCCAAUGGCCCGGGGGACAGCCAUACAUGCUAGCGUUGCUCAAAACCAUGUGUGUUUCCAAGAAAGACUAUGAUAGAUGUACAUGAAGGCUGACUGCUGACCGUAAUAUUCCUGUGUUCAGUGCUUAGUUUCAGGGUGUAACAUUCAAGACAUAACUUCACCUCUCUGUGAUGUGCCAUUGAAUUUGUUAGUGAUCUUUGACAGAUGGUGUUUUAUAAAUCAGGGAGGUACAUAGUGCAAUGUCAUUCAUCAGUGCAGGCUCAUGAAAAUCGUCUACCUGGUCAGAGUGAAGAUAGUGGAGACUACAUUUGGGCUGACUUUCGGAGUCUGUACAUUGUAUACCUACUUUAACUGUUCACUUUUAUUUACAUACACUGUACAUGGACAUCCAAAAUAUACAGACAAGCCUGAAAAUAAGUCGCAGACAUUAUUGAAAACAACAGCCUUGGUACUAUCAUAUGUAACAGUAAACAUUGAAUACAUGAGUUUUCUCCACUUUCUCUGAAGGAGUGCUUUUCAGAAAUGUCAGACACCUGUUUUCAGACCUGUACACAGAAAUGUCAAGAGAGCACAGGUAAUUUAUGGUUAAUGAUAUAAAACUUCACCCUUGAGUACUGUAAUUCUUCUACCAUUUCGCAUGUCUGCAAGAUGUACAUUCAAGCAUGUUCUGAAAGAAUUAUUCUGUGUUGAAUGAUUAAGUUAUACCUUUGGGAAGCCCAGUCCAACCAGUCUCCAAAAUUAAACCAAAAAUGUGCAUAAAUUGCACUGAAAGUUGCUCUUUCACAUGCGAAAUGGUUGAGGAAGUAGGGUAAGAAACCCAUAUUACUAAUUCUCAUGAUUCUGAGCUUUGUAUUGCAUUGAUUUUUGAAAGACGUUUUGAGGUUUGUUUACAAUUUAGUACAUGCUGGAAAAAGGUGAGUUUCAGGGCUGUCAUUGUUUUAGGGCAUUUAUUUGCAUGGUUUUAGGGCAUUUAUUUGCAUGGUUUUAGGUCCUUUAUCAGAAUUUCUGUGGACCAAUCCAGCUUACAGUAAGUUUCACACAGUAUGCAGGGAAGAACAAGACACUUGGGCUGAUCUGUUGCUAUCUUUAGGAAAUCCACCAGACAGAUCAUAAUUUGAAAAUUUGUCAUCGGUGCAUACAGACAUGUAUAAUGUUUCUAGCAGGAAUAUACAUGUAGCUAAAAGAUAUCAGUUUAAAUUUUGUUAAAAGUUUUUUUUAGAACCAUCUACAUUUGAAAACCCUGCCUUUAUCAAGAAUGACACAACUUCUUUUUUUUUCAGCCCCUGAGAUUGAUUGAUUUUUCUCUUGUACAUGCAAUUGUAAGCCUGUUGCUACCAGUUAUUUGAAUGAGUAGCAUGAAUGAGUUCAUACAUCUGAAUUUUUAAGUUUUUCUAUAACUUGGUUGCUGGGUGAAAUUUUUGACUUGUUAUCCUGCAUGUCAAUUAACGUCCUGCCUUUUAACAUCCAUGUUGGCCUAAGGGCCAUUCACUUGGUGAGGGUCCUGCGUGCAAGGUGACGUGAAACUCUGGCCUCGUCCCAGUGACCAGAUCAACAGAUAGUCGCAGCUACAUUGUGUACAUGUACAUGUGUUGCAAAUUUGCUUUUUUUUGGUUUUAUUUUUUCAUUUCUUCUGUGACGUUAUGGCAGCACAUAAAUUUAGAUUUGAUACAUAUCUGUAUUUCGUAAUGCCUAAUUGGUGACUUCAAGGUAAUUUCACAUUAUUCCACAGUACAUAUUUGUAGUGGACAGGGGAAAAUAUGGCUUCUUGUUUGGCACUCUUUUAGGCCCCCAUAAUUUGGGCUAAAAUUUAGAAACUGCUGACAUUUACACGUAUCAAACAUUACUGUAAAUAUGAAAACAAGAACUUGAUAAAUAAUAUGAAACUGGAUAUUUUUAGAUCAACUAAAUCAAAGGUCCUAGAAGUGAAAUAUUCUUUUUGAGUACGGCGUAAACACCUAACAAAUGUGUAAAUGCAUUUAGUACUUGAAUACAGACCUCCAGUUUUGAACCCUUUAUUGAAACAAGUCACAGUCUCCAGGCGUAAGUCAACAAUUUGCAGUGAUCGUCAGUUGGAUAUGUUUCAUAUCCUUAGCCACUAUAGAAGGACCAGAAAUUGUAGUCCUUUGUCACCAUGGUUACAUCAGUGAGCUCACUGAGUGAGAUCUCCAAGCAAGCAGAAUCUAUUGGUAUGGCACAUCAUGUAUGAGCAGGUCGAUCUAUUGUCUCCACGGUAACCAACAAAAACCUCAGGUCAGUGACAGUGGCCUGUUGUAUAGUUAGUUUAGCAUACACUGUACAGACUCCUGAAGUUUAUAGUGAAUGCACUCAGCUGAAGGCGAAGUUUGUAAAUACUAUGUCUGUGUAUAUACACUGUGGAGAUAUGAUUAAUAUUAUGUCCAUGUACAUGUGUACAAUUAUAAUACAUGUCUAUGUGUGUGUAAGUCCAUGUACAUUGUCAAUCAUUCAUGUACAUGUAGACAAAGUGUUUGUUGGUACUUGUAGAGUAGCACUUGAAUAGUUCUCAUUCUUGGUACGUAUAUGUAAAAGAUCUUUUUUGGAAACUUUUUAGUUUUUAAGUAUAUGUACUAAAACCAGCCUGUUAAUGUAGGUAUUUUGUUAGGGACUGUUGUUGCCAGUAUUAAUGCAGAUCAAAGCACAUGUACAAUAUGUGUAGGGUUGAUCCAUUGUAUUGUCUCAAAUAAAAAUGGACAUUUCUUAAUAUUGGGUAUAGUCCUGGAGCUGAAAUUGAAAGUACAGGUUAUUGGGUUAAUCCAUUACAUACGUAAUCUUCAGUAAGAAGGGCCAUAUUGUAUUCAGUAUAGUCCCGAAACUGAAAGUGAAAGUAUGUGUGGCGUUGAUCCAGUAUAUUGUCUCAAAUAAGAACGCAUAUUUUGCGAUAUUCGUUGUACGGUUGUCCUAAAACUGAAAGUACAGUGUUGGGUUGAUCAAUUAUGUCGUCUUCAGCGAGAAGGGACCUGUUGUAUUCAGUAUAGUCCUGAAACUGAAGGUGAAUGUAUAUGUUUGGAGUUGAUCCAGUGUAUUCUCUUCAGUAGGAAGGGACCCUCUGUAUUCCUCAGUGUACAUGUAGUCCUAAAACUGAAAGUGAAAACACCUGUGAAUAAUAUAUUGAAGUGACUUGCGGACUAACAUUUCGGCAAUGUCAAUAUUUUAAAAUUUUUUAUACUACUAGCUAUGUGAUGCCUGUAUGUUGUUAGUUUUAUACAUGAGGUAGAUUAAGAAUUUAGUUUGUCUUCUUUAUAUGCAUGUAAGUACCUCUUACUGCUGUCCAUUGUUUAAUGUGGAUUGGGUAAUAGAAUUUCACAGGACUUUGUUCAGGUGUGCACUAGUAUAAAAUUUGCAUUCUUGGAACAUCUUCCAAUUAACAAAUUUUUAUUUCAAAUUGAAAUACACAUUAUGCACCUCCAAAAAUUAUAAGACUUGGCAAUCAGCUUUCCUAAAAGAGAAAUGGGUGAAGCUGUACAUUAAGACUUCUGUUGAGCCUGUUAUGUCAAAUAACUGAUCAAUUCACGAGAAAGUUUUAAAGAGUUUUUUUUCUUUUUUUUCUCGAAGCCCUGAAUUCA